UCCAUGGUUUCUGCCCUGCUCCAGACCCUAUCAUCUUACAUUGUGAAGAUUUGCAAAGGAAUGUUUACAAAGAAAUUGGCGAAUCCCACAAAGAAGAAAGAGAGUAGCGACAAUAAAGAGCCCAAAUUGACCACCACUGAUUUGCGUGACCAAGGUAACCUGACUACGACACUCUCCACCACUCUGAAAACCACAGUGAAAAAAAUCAGCAAAUGCUCUUCGGCGCGUAACAUCUCUCUUGAAUUAGACGACGGAAAAAACGACUGCUCAUCUCUCUCACCGACUUUCAGUUACCGUGUAGCGAUAGCGAAUGGACUCCCGAAAAACGCUCUUCUGCUGAACAAUAAUGAGAGUAUCUUCCAGGAGAUCCUCUCCAUUAAUAGCGAAUACUCUGACUCCCUGAGCGAGGCCAAACCUGUGCGUAGAUUCGAUGAGCAGAAAUCUCACACCAUGCCAGUGAGACGGAACAGGAAGAGCCUCAUUAGUCUGGCGCCCUCCGAUGGCAGCUCAGAGGGUGAGAGGGUGGAGCGCUCAAGUCUGCACACUCUCCGACUUGGCGCGCUACGCAAGCUGAGGAAAUGGAAAAAGAGUCAGGAGUGCGUGUCUUCGGAUUCCGAGGUGAGCAACUGGAGGAAGACCCUGGGUAUCCGGAGCAAGUCCCUGGACCGGGCUGGGCGACAGCAGAAGUCGACCUCUGCCUUAGAAGCCGGCUCCAGCUCUACAGGCUGCAUCAACCAAACCCAGGAUGUGAUGGAGAUGAUCUUUAAGGAGCUGCAGGGCAUCAGCCAGAUCGAAACAGAGCUUUCAGAGCUCAGGGGACACGUCAACGCCCUGAAGAACUCCAUCGACGAGAUCUCCUCCAGCGUGGAGGUGGUGCAGACCGAGAUCGAACAACUGCGUACUGGCUUCGUCCAGUCCCGGAGAGAGACGCGAGACAUCCACGACUACAUCAAGCAGGUCAGCCACCAGGCCAACAAGGCCAGCCUGAGGUUCAUAAACGUCCCUGAGGAGAAGCUGGAGAAAACUGAGAGUCUCAUCUAUCUUAUUCUAAAGGACAAAAUGGGAUUUGCUGAAGCACAUAAAACACUUAAAAUAGAGCUAGCCCAUCGGUUAGGGCAGCAAAGAGAAUGUUCCAAUGCAAAACCUAGGCCUAUUAUUGUAAUAUUCUCAACCCCCUCAGAUAGAGAUUUAGUUUUGAAAAAAUGCUACAAACUGAAGGGGACUGGUAUAUCUGUAUCCACUGAUAGCUUAACGACUCAUGACGUGAAGGAAAAGAAAGAUAAAGGAGCUAUGUCCUCUUCUCAAACCUACGAGAGCAUGGACAUUAAGGUCUCAGCCAAGGACAAAGCUGAGAGUGAUGACUGGGACUCUAUGGACAGUGACAAGGAGCUAGAUGAACUAAACAGGAACAAAUAUGCAAUGGUGGUGUCUAAGCCUGUUCACAAACAUAAAGCAGAUAAAAAGAGGCACGGUCACCAUGAGCACGGUAGCCGGUCUGCGGAUGAGGCUGGCUACUCUGCCUCAGUUCACUAUGCUGAUGACUCCUAUGAUGAGUCUGACAAAACCUCCAAGCCCUACUAUGGUGACCUCACCCCCGGCUGGCUCUCUCAGAGCGACUACUCCACCCCCAAGCUCAGCCGCUCCGAGUCUGACUGCUCCAAGCUCUGCCAGUCCUACUCUGAAGACUUCUCAGAAAGCCAGUACUUCAGCCGGCCCAAUGGCAGCUCUCUACUAUCCUCCUCAGACCAGGAGCUGUGGCAGAGGAAGCAGGAGGACAUGGCGUCAUCGUGGUACGCCAGCCAGACCCUCAGCCAGGAGAACCCUCCGUACGCUGAGCCCAACGAGGCCGAGACGACCGAGACCAUCGACAGUGGGGUGAGCAAUGGGCUGGUCUGCAUGUCUGGGGAUAGGAGCCAUUACAGCGGCUCACAGCUGUCUCUGCAGGGAGACCUCUCCCCAUGGAAGGACUGGCCUCACCUGGAGCAGGGAGCAGACUCCGGGCUGGACGCUUCCACAGAACAGAACCUGGUGUCUGAGGUCAGCAGCCCCUUUGACCCAGCUGCCAUUCCUGGCUUCCCUGAGAACAUCACCAAGUGUCAGGAGGUGGACCUGGCAUUUGAAGGGGAGGAGACUUUCAUGUUGGAUAUGGUGGAAAGCACCCUAUUGGACACCGCCCCUGGAGAUCACCCGACUGGAGAGUGCCCGGCUGGGUAUUAUUCAUACAGAGGCUCCUAAAACUCCUCUGAAAGACACUCCCAUAACAACCAGACCAAGUCAUCCACCAUGUACCGUAGCCAGAGCGAGAUCCGGUCCGAGAAAGUUGUAGAGGAGGUGCCCAAGUCCUGGAGCAGCCGCCUCAGCAUCGACCUCACCGACAAAGCUCCGUCCUUCAGCUUUGGGUUCGGCUCCACCCUGAAGAAGGCAAAAUCAGCCCUGGAGGUGGUGUGGAAGUCAGGCCCUCCACCUAGUGCCGCUCCCCCGGAGCCACCCCCAGACUCAGGCUCCUUCAUGGGCCGCUUCCGCACACUGUCCACCUCCACGGCCAACGACUCCAGCACCACCAUCGACUCAGACGUCUACACAGAUUCCUUCGUCUACAAGGCUGAAGAUGAAGAUGAGGCUGCCGCUGGUGACCAGCUGGAGGACAACGAGACCGCCUAUGUCGGGGUGAUGGAGCAGGUCCUGGCCAACCUGGAGAACCGGUCCAACGCCAACGACACAGAAGAGACAGAGGAGUUUGAGGAGCCCAUACUGGAUUAUGAUCCUGAUGCCUCUCAGGAUUAUGUCUCUGAAGACUAUGAGGCUACCACCCAGGAUUACGAGGACUCUGAGGAAGUUGAGGCCACCCAGGAGGCUGCAGUCGUUCUGGAGUAUGACUGUAGUCUGGACGAGCAGUACGACGAGGAGUACAGUGAGGAUUACAUUGAUGAUGCCAUGACGGGGGACACGGCAGAGGACACAGCAGCGUAUGAGGCCAUGGUGGAGUAUGUUGAGGUGGAGGAGCCUGACGAGGAGGAAGAAGAGGAGGAGGAAGAGGAGUUAAUGGAGGACAUGGAAGAGGGGGAUGAGAUGGAGGAGACCUCCGAAGCGUCUGCGUCGGAGAGGACGGAAAACCUAGAGGAUGAGAACAAAAACAUUCCAGAGAAGGAGGAGAUGCCUGCAGAGGCUCCGCCCAAAAAGCGCAUCCGUCCUACAUUUAAGGAGGCUGCGCUGAGGGCCUACAGGAAGCAGAUGGACGAGCUGCAGCAGCAGAUCCUGGCUGGAGAAAAACCUCCACCACACAACAAGCCUCUCAAUGUGCUGGAUCCCAAAGUACUGGGCCUACAGGCUGUCGGAGGAGCUGGCUGCAUUCUUUAUGGCAUUGACAGCAUGCCAGAUUUACGCCGCAAGAGGACCUUACCUAUUGUCCGAGACCUGGCUAUGACUCUCGCUGCUCGAAAGGCAGGCAUCUCGUUCGCCCUGGUGACUAGAUCGACCCUGAACAACGAGGACCUGAAACUGCACGUGUUUAGGAAGACGUUGCAGGCGUUGAUCUAUCCCAUCUCGUCUACGACGCCUCAUAACUUUGAGGUGUGGACGGCCACCGCCCCAACCUACUGCCACGAGUGUGAGGGCCUGCUGUGGGGCAUCGCCAGGCAGGGUAUGCGCUGCUCUGAGUGUGGUGUCAAAUGCCACGAGAAGUGUCAGGAUCUACUCAACGCCGACUGUCUACAGAGGGCGGUGGAGAAGAGUUCUAAGCAUGGCGCUGAGGACAAGACCCUGAACAUCAUCAUGGCCAUGAAGGAGAGGAUGAAGAUCAGGGAGAAGAACCGGCCUGAGGUGUUUGAGGUCAUCCAGGAGAUGUUUGGGAUCUCUAAAGAGGACUUCACUGGACACCUGAAGACCGCCAAGCAAGCAGUGCUGGAGGGAACCUCCAAGUGGUCCGCCAAGAUCAACAUCACAGUGAUGUGUGCCCAGGGUCUGCAGGCCAAGGAUAAGACAGGUUCCAGUGACCCCUAUGUGACUGUCCAGGUAGGGAAGACCAAACGGCGUACCAAGACCAUCUUUGGGAACCUCAACCCUGUCUGGGACGAGAAGUUCUUCUUUGAGUGUCACAACGCUACAGACCGGAUCAAGGUGCGUGUGUGGGAUGAGGAUGAUGACAUCAAGUCUCGCAUGAAACAACACUUCAAACGAGAGUCGGACGACUUCCUGGGUCAGACCAUCAUCGAGGUCCGCAUGCUCAGUGGGGAGAUGGAUGUGUGGUACAACCUGGAUAAGAGAACUGAUAAGUCGAUGGUGUCGGGAGCCAUCAGAUUGAAGCUCAAUGUGGAGAUGAAGGGAGAGGAGAAAGUAGCUCCGCCCCACGGCCAGUACACCUGUUUACAUGAGAACCUGUUCCACCACCUGACAGAGGUAAAGAACAGUGGAGCGGUGAAGAUCCCAGAGGUGAAAGGAGAGGAGGCAUGGAAGGUCUACUAUGACGACGUGUCCCAGGAGAUAGUGGACGAGUUCGCCAUGAGAUACGGAGUAGAGUCCAUCUACCAGGCCAUGACGCAUUUCUCCUGUUUGUCCUCUAAGUACAUGUGUCCGGGGGUUCCAGCGGUGAUGAGUAAUCUGCUAGCCAACAUCAACGCCUACUUUGCCCACACCACCACCGUCUCAACCAACAUCUCUGCCUCCGACCGCUUCGCUGCAUCCAACUUUGGGAGAGAGAAAUUUGUCAAACUUCUAGAUCAGCUGCACAACUCUCUGAGGAUUGAUCUGUCCAAGUACCGGGAUAAUUUCCCAGCUGGUAACCCAGAGCGUCUCCAGGACCUGAAGUCUACUGUGGACCUUCUCACCAGCAUCACCUUCUUCAGGAUGAAGGUACAGGAGCUACAGAGUCCUCCCAGAGCCAGUAUGGUGGUGAAGGACUGUGUCAGAGCCUGUCUGGACUCAACAUACAAAUACAUCUUUGACAACUGUCAUGAACUCUACAACCAGCUACUAGACCAGGCCCGUAAGCAGAAUGUUCCCCGGGAGGAGCAGGGUCCGUCUAUAAAGAACCUGGACUUCUGGCCCAAGCUCAUCACUCUCAUGGUGUCUGUGAUCGACGAGGACCGCACCGCCUACACCCCUGUCAUCAACCAAUUUCCCCAAGAGCUGAAUAUGGGGAAGGUCAGCGCUGAGUUCAUAUGGAACCUGUUUGCCCUGGACAUGAAAUACGCCAUGGAAGAGCACGAUAAGCACCGUCUAUGCAAGAGCACAGAGUACAUGAACCUUCACUUUAAAGUCAAGUGGUUCCACAACGAGUACGUCCGCGAACUGGCUGCCUUCAAGGACACACCCCCUGAGUAUUCUCUGUGGUUCGAGCCAUUUGUCAUUCAGUGGCUGUCUGAGAAUGAGGAUGUUGCCAUGGACUUCCUACACGGAGCUCUGGGGAGCGACAAGAAGCUUGGCUUCCAGCCAACGUCGGAACAUGUCCUGUUCUCCUGUUCGGUGGUGGAUGUGUUCACUCAGCUCAACCAGAGUUUUGAGAUCAUUAAGAAACUGGAGUGCCCCAACCCACAGGCCCUGGCUCACUUCAUGUGCCGCUUUGCUAAGACCAUCAACAAAGUUCUGUUGCAAUAUGCUGCAAUCAUAACCAAGGAUUUUGGCUUGUAUCUGAACCAGGAGAAAGUGCCCUGCAUCCUCAUCAACAACAUCCAGCAGCUCAGAGUUCAGCUGGAGAAGAUGUUUGAGUCCAUGGGAGGCAAACAGCUGGAUGCUGAGGCCAGUGAACUACUGAAGGAACUGCAGAACAAACUCAACACCGUGCUGGAUGAGCUCAGUGCAGUCUUCGGCUCCAGUUUCAAACCGGUGAUUGAGGACUGUGUAAAGCAGAUGAACCAGGAAUUAGUCCAGAUGAAGGGGAGUGCUGCAGGGAAGAGCAACGCUGCCAUGGAUGCUGAGACUGUCCUCAGACCACUCAUGGACCUUCUGGAUAAAAAUUUGAUUUUAUUUGCAAAGAUCUGUGAGAAGACGGUGUUGAAACGAGUCCUGAAGGAACUGUGGAAGAUCGUCCUCAAUACUAUUGAGAGAAUGAUAGUUUUACCACCUCUCAAUGACCAGAAUCAAGGAGCCCAGAUGAUUUUCAGUGCUGCCAAGGACCUGGGACAGCUAUCCAAACUCAAGGACCAUGUGAUCAGAGAGGAAGCCCGUAGCCUGACACCAAGACAGUGUGCAGCCAUGGACCUUGUCCUUCCCACCAUCAAGCAAUAUUUCCACGCCGGAGGAAACGGUCUGAAGAAGACGUUCCUUGAGAAGAGCCCUGACCUCAAGUCCCUCAAAUACGCUCUGAGCCUUUACACACAGCCUACUGAUGCCUUGAUCAAGAAGUAUAUAUGCACCCAAACCUCUCAAGGUCAGUCUACCGACAGCUCCGUGGGGGAGGUGUCCAUGCAGGUGGAUCUCAUCUCUCACCCUGGCACUGGAGAGCACAAAGUCAACGUGAAGGUGGUGGGGGUCAACAACCUAAGCUGGCAGACCAAUGCCAUGUUCCGACCGUUCGUGGAGGUGAAUGCGGUCGGGCCGCACCUCGCCGACAAGAAACGCAAGUUCACCACCAAGACCAAGAACAACAAUUGGUCACCAAAGUACAACGAAACAUUCCAAUAUGUUCUGAGCAACGAGUACGGUCCAGAGUGCUACGAGCUCCACGUCUCAGUGAAGGACUACUGCUUCGCCAGAGAGGACCGGAUCAUCGGCAUGGCGGUCCUCCAGCUCAGAGACCUGGCCGACCAGGGGAGCUGCUGUGCCUGCUACCCCCUGGUGAAGAGCAUCUCCAUGGACGACACCGGACUCACCAUCAUGAGGAUACUCUCUCAAAGGACCAACGACGAAGUGGCCAAAGAGUUUUGUCGUCUCAAGACCGACGUACGCUCUUCAGAGGAGGUGGCCUCCUAG